AUGUUAGUGGAAGCGGGUGCAACACCAGCAGCGGACAGUCACACCCAAAAUGGAGUCGAAAUCCUGGUCGAUCCCACGCAGCUUCCUGCGAACGGGAACGGCUGCGGGUUGCCAGUUACACACACUUACAGCGAGGCCCUCGACAUCGUCGGCCAGGGAUGGUUCCACACGGUGCUGCUGUUCGUCGUAGGUCUCUGCCUGAUGAGCGUGGUGAACGAGACGAUCACCGUGGGCUUCAUCAUCUCGGCCGCCGAGUGCGAUCUCGGGCUCACGUUCGCCGACAAGGGUCUGCUCAACGGGGCCGCCUUUCUCGGCGUGGUGUCGAGCUCGUACAUCUGGGGCUUCCUCUCGGACACCUGGGGCCGGCGCAAGGUACUUCUGCUCGCAUCGAGUGGCACGCUCGCGAUGUCGAUUCUGUCGACCUUUUCGCCGCACGUGUGGGUGCUCAUCGGGACGCGGUUCCUCGUCGGUGUGCUUGUCUCCGGAAAUGCGGCCACCUCGUACGCGUAUCUGGCCGAGUUCCAUGGCGAGGCCAGCCGGCCGAAGGUGAUCACCUGGGCAGCGAUGUUCAUGGCGAUCGGUCUCAUCUUCCUGCCGUCGCUGGCCUGGCUGGUCAUCCCGCUGGAGGACCGGUUCGAGCUGCACCUGUUCGGCAUGCGGUACACGAUGUGGCGCAUCUAUCUGCUGCUGUGUUCACUCGAGCUGACGCUCAUCAUCGGCGGGCUGCUGUGGCUGCCCGAGAGUGGAAAGUUUCUGCUCACCAAAGGCGACACGGAGAAAGUGCUGCAAAUUUUGGCGAAAAUCUACCACUACAACCAGGGCAAGCCGGAGCACAGUUUCCCCGUCAAGCUAAUACGCCUGGACGCGAUGGACAGUGGCUACGCGGAUGAGGUACAGCGUCGCUCGAAGCUCGGCCUGCGAUACAUGUGGCAGCAGACCGUGCCACUGUUCCGGAUACCAUUGCUGUGGCACACGCUCAAGGCGUCGGUGCUGAUGUUCGGCCUGUUCGCCGCCUCGUCCGGUCUAUUCCUCUGGCUACCGGACAUCCUGAACACGUACCUCCAGCACAAGGACAUGAAGCUAUGCGACGUCAUCGCGCUGAUGCAUGCGAACAAGGCAGCCAAGCAAAGGGCCGCCGGUUCGGGGGCACCGGCGGACCACUGUCCCAUUCCGAUCGACGCCAACAUCUUCAUGAUCACGUCCGCGAUGGGUGUAGUCUUCCUCGCCUGCUACAUUCUGAACGGCUUCAUCAUCAACCUGGUCGGCAAAAAAGCGCUGCUAAACAGCUGGUACGUGGUGUGCGGUGUCUGCGGAAUUGGUGUGCUGUGGACUUCCGAUUUCUAUCUGACGCUGAUACUGAUCGCAGCCUUCCUCUCAUCUGGCUGCCUCGGUGGCCUCGUCAGUGCAAUAUCGGUCGACCUAUUUCCGACUAAUUACCGAGCGAUGGCGCUCUGUCUGAUUCUCAUGACCGGUCGGCUGGGUGCUAUGGCCGGCAGUAAUCUCAUCGCCUAUCUGCUAACCUACAGCUGCGAUCUAAUAUUCAUUCUGUUCGGUGGUUUACUGCUAGUCUGUGCCUUAAUUGGAGCAACCUUAACGGAAACGUGACGGACAACUAUUCCAAAAAUGUUGAAUUGCUGCUGGCCAACGGGCCCACCGCCCGCUUCGUCGCAUGCUCGAUCGUAGCCUGGUGUCGAUGUCGACAACAACAAAAAAAACAUCAAAAACAUAAAAACAAAAAAAAAGCUAGAAAUCAACUACCAGGAGCGUUCAGAAGAGGGCAGCUCGACUGAAGCUGUACUAUAUUUUCUUGCUGCAGAUGAAAACAAGAGAAAAAAUAAACCAAAACGAAAACUACCGCAGCAGCAGCAAUGGCCACAACAACAAAACCUGCACUUCCCAAAUAUGGACCGGCCACAUCGCAAUACUAAACAGAUAGAAUAGGUAAUGAAGCUCGGUUAGUGAGUACAACAAAUCAAGUGUCACGUUAGAGCAAAAGAGAAGUUUACACUGUUUUCAGAGCUAGUUCUUCUGUAUAAAACUGUUCUUUGCCUAGGCAGUAAAUUGCAGUAAGACAGCAUCAAACUGUUUUUUGCAAAGAUUAAUUUCUUUUUGAAAUAUAAUAACGGUUCAUUAAAAACAAUCC